AAAAAAAUAUAUAUAAUUUAAAAAAAAAAAAUAAAAAAAAAUCUGGGAAAUAGGUUGGAGCGUUCCCGGGGGGUGUGUCGGCAGCGAGCGCGCAUGUGAGGAGUGCGGGGCGGGAGGCACCGAGCCCGCCUCGUCCUCCCUUUCUCCGAGCAUCCUCCGCGGUGCCAUCCUGGAGGUGAUACAGGCACGGCAGCAUCCAUGGCCUGCGCCUAGCCUCGCCAUCCCGCCUCUUCCUCCUCCUCAUCAUCAUCCUCAUCAUCAUCAUCGUCCCGAGGCCGAGCCCCGCGCUCUCCCGUGGUUUUUUUUCCAGGCUCCUUGGAAAUUGAGGAAUGCAAUUCUGCCACCAUGAUGGAAGGACUGAAAAAACGAACCAGGAAGGCCUUUGGAAUACGCAAGAAAGAGAAGGACACUGACUCCACAGGGUCACCAGACAGGGAUGGCAUCAAGAAAACCAACGGAGCCCCAAAUGGAUUUUAUGCAGAGAUCGACUGGGACAGAUAUAACUCACCUGAGCUGGAUGAGGAGGGAUACAGCAUCAGACCCGAGGAACCAGGAUCCACCAAAGGAAAGCACUUCUACUCCUCGAGCGAGUCAGAGGAGGAGGAGGAGGCUCACAAGAAGUUCAACAUCAAGAUCAAACCCCUGCAGGCCAAGGACGCCCUGCGCAGCGCGGCCACCGUGGACGAGCUCAGGGCUUCCGUGGGCAACAUCGCCCUGUCCCCGUCCCCCGUGAGGAAAAGUCCGCGGCGCAGCCCGGGGACAAUUAAAAGGAAUUUAUCCAGUGAGGAGAUCUCCCGGCCCCGGCGCUCCACACCCACCCCAGACCCCGCCAGGAAGCCCCCUGAGGACACGGCAGCGCUGGCCCCGCUCUUCGGGCCCCCCCUGGAGUCGGCGUUCGAGGAGCAGAAACUGGAGGCUGCUCUGGACCAGCCUGAGAUCUGGGGGUCAGCCCAGCCCAUCAACACCAACGUCGAGUCCCCAAAACUUCCAAGACCUUUUCCAACUGGAACCCCCCCGCCGCUCCCCCCGAAGAACAUCCCGGCCACGCCGCCGCGCACCGGCUCGCCCCUGCCCCUGGCCAUCGGAGGGGACCAGGCAGCAGCAGAGCCCAAACGGGACAAACUCCCGUCCAUCAAUGACUUGGACAGCAUUUUUGGCCCCGUGCCGUCCCCUAAAUCUGCUGCUGCCACCGCGGAAGACAAGUGGGUCAAUUUUUCCGAUCAAUCCCCGGAAAACGCAGCUCCGGAGUUGUCGCCCCAGGAAAAGGCGAGCCCGGCCGAGCCUCCCCGCCCGCUGCCCUCGCCGCUGCAGCUGGAAGACGCUCCCAAGAAGCUUCCAGAACAUCCUCACCUGAAGGAUGAGCUCACCGAGCCCGUCGCCUCUCCCAAAGAGUUGGGGCCGGGCCAAAGAGCCACCCCGCCGCCCCCUCCGCCGCCCACCUACCGCGCCGUGGUGUCAUCGCCAGGGCCGGGCGCCAGCACGGGGAGCGCCAGCGGUUCCUCGUCCCCUGCUCGCCCCGGGACGCCGCUGGCCACGUGUGGCACCCCCCCGCCCCCGCCCCCCCGGCCCCCGUCCCGGCCCAAGCUGCCCCCGGGCAAACCCCCGGUCAGCGAUGUGUCCAGACCCUUCAGCCCUCCCAUCCACUCGUCCAGCCCUCCUCCGAUCGCGCCUCUGGCCCGUGCUGAGAGCACUUCUUCCAUCUCCUCCACCAACUCUCUGAGCGCAGCCACCACUCCCACCGUCGAGGAUGAUGCUUUUGUUGCCAAACUGCCCGCGUUUGAAAGGCGCAGUGAAACGCCGGCAGAGAAUGAACAGCCUUCCCUCGUUUGGUUUGACAGAGGAAAGUUUUAUUUGACUUUCGAAGGCUCAUCUCGGGGCCCCAGCCCCCUGACCAUGGGGGCUCAGGACACCCUGCCCGUGGCUGCUGCCUUCACCGAGACCGUCAACGCCUACUUCAAAGGGGCUGACCCCAACAAGUGCAUCGUGAAGAUCACGGGGGAGAUGGUGCUGUCCUUCCCGGCCGGCAUCACCCGGCACUUCGCCACCAACCCCGCCCCGGCCGUGCUCACCUUCCGUGUGCUCAACUUCAACCGGCUGGAGCACGUCCUGCCAAACCCCCAGCUGCUCUGCUGUGACAACGUGCAGAGUGACUCCAACUCCAAGGAGUUCUGGGUCAACAUGCCAAAUCUGAUGACUCACCUCAAGAAGGUAUCGGAACAGAAACCUCAAGCCACCUAUUACAAUGUGGAUAUGCUCAAAUACCAGGUAUCUGCCCAGGGUAUUCAGUCUACUCCAUUAAACCUUGCAGUGAGCUGGCGCUGUGACCCUGCAAGCACUGACCUGCGCAUCGACUACAAAUACAACACGGAGGCCAUGACCGCUCCCGUGGCUCUCAACAACGUCCAGUUCCUCGUCCCUGUCGACGGAGGAGUAACCAAACUGCAAGCUGUGCUUCCUCCUGCUGUCUGGAAUGCUGAACAGCAAAGGAUAUUGUGGAAGAUCCCUGAUAUCUCCCAGAAGUCAGAAAAUGGAGGUGUGGGGUCGCUGCUGGCGCGGUUCCAGCUGGCUGAGGGGCCGAGCUCGCCAGCCCCUCUGGCUGUGCAGUUCACCAGCGAGGGCAGCACCUUGUCCAGCUGUGACAUCGAGCUGGUGGGACCCGGGUACCGCUUCUCCCUCAUCAAGAAGAGGUUUGCAGCAGGUAAAUAUUUGGCAGAUAACUGAUGGAAGCUUAUGCAAGCCUAUGGAAAACACAAUGGAAAAUACCAAGGACUGCUGUGCGUGGAACGGGUUUUAAUUACAGUUUAAGGAAAAUGAACUAAAUCCUGCACUCGGGACAUUUCUGUUGGAAGUGUCGACAACUUUCAGCAUUUUUUUUUUCCUUGGAAAACACCGUCUUGACCAGUCCUCCAGUAUUUACUUCUAGAUGUAACAUUGUUAAUGGUUUUAAAAUGUAAUUAUUGUAUUUGUAAAUUGUACUCAUUCCAGUAAGGCUGUAUUUUGGCAGUUAGACACUUGAGUUUUAGCAUUUUACCAUUCAUGAAAUGGAUGUAAUUUAAACUGUGGUAUAUAAAUCUAAUAGUAGUACUGUCGAAUGGCACAAUGCUUACAGAGGUAGAUUGCAUUUUGUCAAUAUAUACAAUUUAAAUAGCUGUUAUGAAGGGGGUGCCUCAGCAAAAGAGAGUUCAGUAGAGCCCACAGGCUGAUUUAAUUUUCCUUCAGUCCUUAGUACGUCUCACAGCAAUCAAUAAAAAGCUGAAUCUUGA